AGCCACAAAUGCGAAUUGAGGUAACUUGGCUUCGUUCUGGAAGUUUUCUAUUCCAAUAGAGGUGAACUCGCCUGGAAAGCUUUGACUUUACUUCGUACCCCCGCCUCCCAAUGUCCUCUCCAAGUCCUACGACAUCCUCGGAGAAUCCUGCCCAGCAGUCUCGCCCCGUGCCUGUAUCAUGGCUCAUACUUAAGCUCAUGUCAGCGUUACCUGCUCUCUGUCAAUGGGCGCAAGUACCAGUGACAGAUCUCAGCUCGAUCGACCAAUGGAAGGCGUGCGGCGGAAGCUGUUUAUUGCUUAAUGGGCUCGCCCAAAGGGGUGGUACCAAGAAAGAGGUGUACAAUGUUGUGGCGAUUUGGCUCCGCAAUAUCGCCACGCGACACCAGGAAGAUGUUCAGAUAAUCACAGUGCUCGUCCAAAAGUGGUUGUAUACAUAUGGCCGGUGGCCGAUCACGAUCGCGCUCUUCGUCACAUCCGCGCCUUCAGCUUCAAAGCCUCUCCUUCCUUCUGGACAGCAGCCAGAGGGGGAUGAUGUCCCGAACGGAUUAAGAGGGGACGUGUAUAAAGCUGCGAUGGACUUCAAACAAUUUUUGGCCGACGAUGCAAGUGAUCACACUACAUUACCUAUGGUGCCUGUGUUUUGGGAGGAUGUGUUUGCCUUGCGGAUGUCUUUGACUAGGAUCCUCACAACCAGGCCCCCCAUUUCCCCUAAUCUCCUCGAUGCAGCCUCAUCCGCGCUUGAAACCCCUGCUCGACCCGAUCCGCACCAUUCUGAUCCGAGCGUUGAACAAACUUCAGAGGCACUGAAGGGAUUACAGCUUGAUUCGUCGAAGGAGCCUGUGUCAUCUCCCGCGAGCUCGCGCUCGGCAACGCCGAAAGGAAAUGACGUUUCCAGCGGGAACGAAGCGAGCUCCGAAGAAGAUUCUUCCCCUGAAGGAGCGACGAAAUAAAAGCACUAGUUCACAUUCCGGUUUGAUUAUUGUUUGUUUGAAAAUUCACGAAUGCGGGAGGGCCCACGCGGGACACCAAGCUUGUUGGAUUGUAGACUCCC